ACAGACUAGUUUUGACCGCGGGAAGCUGGGCCACAUGCUGCGGAGCACCGGGACCACCAUGCGCAGCUCCAGGCUGAUGUGCGCGCUGCUGCUGCUGCUCUCCGCCUGCGCUGCCGGAGCGCAGCUGCUGGACGCGGAGUCCGAGGAGGAGCUGAGCCCCAGAGCCCUGCGGGACUUCUACCCGAAAGGACCCAACCUGACCAACGAGAAGCAGCUGCUUGGAGCUCUCCAAGAAGUUCUUGAAAAGCUGCAGGCUAAACGACUGCCGGCGUGGGAAAAGAAAUUUGGCCAAGUCCCAACGUGUGAUGUUGGGGAGCAGUGCGCGGUGAGGAAAGGCGCUCGAAUCGGGAAGAUGUGCGACUGUCCCCGGGGAGCUUUCUGCAACUUCUUCCUGCUGAAGUGCUUAUGAGCCUCUCGGGAUUUGAAUGUAGCAUUGACAGAAGACUUGAUUACUUUGUAAUUAAAAUUUUUUAAAGGUCCCAGCUGAAGAGCAGCUGGAGUGAACACUUUAAAUAAAGGAAUGACAGAAGUUUUAUUUAAAAAAAAACUCAUUGUAUCACCCGAUGUGUCAGGAUGUCAUGAUGAUGGAUCAACCAGGAGAACAUUAAAGUUUCUGUAAAUAUCCAGAUCCACUUAAUGUCUGUCGGGGAGAAUCAUUGUUACAACCCAAACUCCACAAUAAAACCCACCUAAGGACCAAAACCACACUGUAAAAAAACAGACCAGCAAUAUUCUUCAUGCUGUUUUUAACUUUGACUGUUUUGUGAUUUCUGUUAAUAAACUGUGAAUCAUCUGGUUUUGUAAAGCA